AUGGCUUCUUACCAAACCGAGUUUCUCUGUGACAUGUCUUUCGCUGUCAACCAGGUUGAAGGUAGUACAGAUCAAAAUGUAUACCGCAAUCUGGAUUAUUCAGAGCAUACAGCAACACAACCUGAUGCAGAAAAUGGAUAUAAACAGCUCAUACAUUCACCAUUGGAUCCAGAAUUACUUGAGUUUGCAACUGAGAACGAUCAAACCGCAAACUUUGCGAGCAGCCAGUUCUGUAACUACUCAGUUACUCCUCAUAGCUCUUACCAGUACACUCCUCUAACACCUGAGCCAGUAUCCUAUCCAGUGUUUCAGCUGCAACCCCAAACGCAGCCAGUUCAGCCUCGACAAGAUAAUCACUUUAUGUUGAGGAAACAUCAUGCUCACAUCACAAAAAAUGAUGUUUCUUUGUUUUCAGUCGCACCAACCUCUAAAGGAAACUUCAAAGCGGUCGUCAAGCGCAAGAGAAAGCGCACCAUCUUUACCACCGAACAAGUGGAAGCUUUAGAAGAAAUUUUCAAAAGGAAACAAUAUAUCUCAAGGGAAGAGAGGCAAAGCAUCGUGCAACAGCUACAAAUUAACGACAAAGCCGUCAAAAUAUGGUUCCAGAAUCGACGCUUGAAGAUCAAAAGAAUGUCAGAACAAUCUGCAGAAGAGCAAGAAGAAUUCGAACAAGCGGUAGAAGACAGACUUUCUCCAGCGAAUCGUCUUGAUGUAGUAGAAUCACGUAUAAAUGAAAAGACCGAUGAAUUUGGUUACGUCACUCUUGAUGAUGUCAUAAUGGGUAAUCUGGCAAAUGUAAUAGAUGACUUUUUGGUGAAAUGUCUUGAUGUUCAUUCUGAAGAAAGUUCAGGAAGUGAUAACAGUCCAGUGUAUGAGCCCAUAUCACCAGCCAGCGUUACCGAUAGCAAUGAUGAAGAUUUAGAAUCUUCAACUGGUUGGAAACCAUCACAACCUAAGGAGUCUUUGCAAAGGCUUUUUGAUUUACAAACUAUGCUUUCUUUGUGA